AUGACUAAGGCUGAAGUAAUAGAAGUGCCAGCCAGAAUUUUUGAAGGGACGUGCCCGGCUGUGGUCCCUCACCAAUAUUAUGGAGUCACUCCAUGGGGUGUUUAUCCUGCCAGUCUUUUCCAGCAGCAAGCUGCUGCAGCUGCAGCGGCAACAAAUUCUGCUACUCAGCAGAGUGCUCCGCAGGCCCAGCAAGGACAGCAGCAGGUACUUCGUGGAGGAGCUAGCCAGCGUCCUUUGACCCCAAAUCAGAACCAGCAGGGACAACAAACAGAUCCCCUUGUAGCAGCUGCAGCAGUGAAUUCUGCUCUUGCCUUUGGACAAGGUCUGGCUGCAGGCAUGCCAGGUUAUCCAGUCUUGGCACCUGCUGCUUACUAUGACCAAACUGGUGCCCUUGUGGUGAAUGCAGGGGCAAGAAAUGGCCUCGGAGCUCCAGUUCGGCUUGUUGCUCCGGCCCCAGUCAUCAUUAGCUCCUCAGCUGCACAAGCAGCUGUUGCCGCGGCUGCAGCUUCAGCGAAUGGAGCAGCUGGUGGUCUUGCUGGAACCACAAAUGGACCAUUUCGACCUUUAGGCACCCAGCAGCCACAGCCACAGCCACAGCAGCAGCCCAGCAACAAUCUGGCUUCCAGCUCUUUCUAUGGCAGCAACUCUCUGAGCAGCAGCUCCCAGAGCAGCUCCCUCUUCUCCCAGGGCUCUGCCCAGCCUGCAAACACGUCCUUGGGAUUUGGAAGCAGCAGUUCACUUGGUGCCACCCUGGGAUCAGCCCUUGGAGGGUUUGGAACAGCAGUUGCAAACUCCAACACUGGCAGUGGCUCCCGCCGUGACUCCCUGACUGGCAGCAGUGACCUUUAUAAGAGGACAUCGAGCAGCUUGACCCCCAUUGGACACAGUUUUUAUAACGGCCUUAGCUUUUCCUCCUCUCCUGGACCCGUGGGCAUGCCUCUCCCUAGUCAGGGACCAGGACAUUCACAGACACCACCUCCUUCCCUCUCUUCACAUGGAUCCUCUUCAAGCUUAAACCUGGGAGGACUCACAAACGGCAGUGGAAGAUACAUCUCUGCUGCUCCCGGUGCCGAAGCCAAGUACCGCAGUGCAAGCAGUGCCUCCAGCCUUUUCAGCCCCAGCAGCACCCUUUUUUCCUCCUCUCGUUUGAGAUAUGGAAUGUCUGAUGUUAUGCCCUCUGGCAGGAGCAGACUUUUGGAAGAUUUUCGAAAUAACCGGUACCCUAAUUUACAACUGCGGGAGAUUGCUGGGCAUAUAAUGGAAUUUUCCCAAGACCAGCAUGGGUCUAGAUUCAUUCAGCUGAAACUAGAGCGUGCCACAGCAGCUGAGCGCCAGCUCGUCUUCAAUGAAAUCCUCCAGGCUGCGUACCAACUUAUGGUGGAUGUGUUUGGAAAUUACGUCAUUCAGAAGUUCUUUGAAUUUGGCAGCCAUGAACAGAAGCUGGCUUUGGCUGAGCGGAUUCGAGGCCAUGUCCUGUCAUUGGCACUGCAGAUGUAUGGCUGCCGAGUUAUCCAGAAAGCUUUGGAAUUUAUUCCCUCAGACCAGCAGAACGAGAUGGUGCGGGAGCUAGAUGGCCAUGUCCUGAAGUGUGUGAAAGACCAGAAUGGCAACCAUGUGGUUCAGAAGUGCAUUGAAUGUGUACAGCCUCAGUCUUUGCAGUUUAUCAUCGAUGCAUUCAAGGGGCAGGUGUUUGCUUUGUCUACGCACCCUUACGGCUGCAGAGUGAUCCAGAGGAUCCUAGAGCACUGUCUUCCUGACCAGACCCUGCCUAUCCUGGAGGAGCUACACCAGCACACGGAGCAGCUUGUGCAGGAUCAGUAUGGAAAUUAUGUAAUCCAACAUGUACUGGAACAUGGUCGUCCUGAGGAUAAAAGCAAAAUUGUAGCAGAGAUCCGAGGCAAUGUGCUUGUAUUGAGUCAGCACAAGUUUGCAAGCAAUGUUGUGGAGAAGUGUGUCACUCAUGCCUCACGUACAGAGCGUGCUGUGCUCAUUGAUGAGGUAUGCACCAUGAAUGACGGACCUCACAGUGCCUUAUACACCAUGAUGAAGGAUCAGUAUGCCAACUAUGUGGUCCAGAAGAUGAUUGAUGUGGCUGAGCCUGGUCAGCGGAAGAUUGUCAUGCACAAGAUCCGGCCACACAUCGCAACUCUUCGGAAGUACACCUAUGGCAAGCACAUCCUGGCCAAGCUGGAGAAGUACUACAUGAAGAAUGGCGUGGACUUGGGGCCCAUUUGUGGCCCCCCUAAUGGCAUCAUCUGAGCAGUGCACCCAUCCCAGUCCCGCUGACCUCACUGACCCUGGCAGAUCCAACCAGCAACCAGAAAUGCCCAGCGUAGAGUCAGAAGUGGGCACCGGUUGCUCCGGGAUCACUCCCUCCUCCAAAAAGGAAUCAGAUCCACUUGUGGAAAGGCCUUUGUAAAUUUAAUUUUAUUACACAUAACAUGUACUAAUUAUUUUUUUUAAUUGACUAAUUGCCCUGCUGUUUACUGGUGUAUAGGAACUUGUACAUAGGUAAUCAGUGUACAUGGGAGGCCACAUGCUUUGUUCAAUGUUGUAUCUAUAUUCCACAUGUGGAUACUUUCAGGGUGGUUGGUUUAACAAAAAAAAAGUUUAAAAAAAAAACAAAAAAAGGUUUUUAACUCAUUUGCCUUAUGGCAAGUUUUGCAAAUAGCUCUACCCCACCUCCUCAUUUUAUUAAAAAACAAACAAAAAACCUGAGAAAUUUGAAUUUUAGUUAAAUGACCCCAAAAUGGCAUUUAACACUGUUUAUAAAAUAUAUAUAUAUACAUAUAUACAUAUAUGAAAUGGAAUGUUUCAGAGUUGAUAAAGCGUCAGCCUGUGACACAGUUCAUGACGCUCUGUUUUGGAGGUGAUCUCAUGCUGAGGAAGGUGGUGGCUGCAGAUCCAGGAGGAGCGGGAGCACCGAGGCCAGUGCCAGGGCUGUGUGCUGCCUAUGGGCUGCUUUCUGUGAGCGCUGGGCAGCAGAAUCGGAUUAUCUAGCAUGAGAGAAAACCUAGCCCUGCUCCUGGCCUCGCUUCUAUAGAUACAUAGUGUAUACUUGUGUAGACUUUGCAUAUAUACGGAUUUGUAGUAUUUUCCUGUUUUGAUGUCUAAUCUGUAUCUAUAAUGUACCCUAGUAGUCGGACAUACUUUUGAUUGUACAAUUGUACAUUUGUAUACCUGUAAUGUAAAUGUGGAGAAGUUUGAAUCAACAUGAACACGUUUUUUGGUAAGAAAAGAAUCAGCCAGCCCCGUGCACUCAGUGUAUAUCCCACCUUUUAUGGUCGUAGAAGAUAGUGUUGUAUAUUGUAAAUUGUAAUUUCAACCAGAAGUAAUUUUUUUUUCUUUUGAAGGAAUAAAUGUUCUUUAUACAGCCUAGUUAAUGUUUAAAAUGAAAAAAAAAAAAUAGCUUGGUUUAUUUGUCAGCUAGUCAAGACGGUAGUGAGAGCCUUUCUAAAUGUUAAUUCAGACGAUUCAGUUCACACUAGUGUUCUUUUUUUUUAUCCUAAAAAAAAGUAAUGUUUUGCUUAUUUUGUGACAGUCAAAAAAGGAUGUGCAGAAGUUUCGCCUGCCCCUCCCCCGCUCAGCGCCUCCCCUUGUAAAGUGACUCACCCUCCGUUUUGUACAGAUGAGCUGUAUUUUGCAUUUUGUCUACUUGUAAGUGAAUGUAACAUACUGUCAAUCCCCGUUUGAAUAUAGACUGUAACACUACACGGUGUACAUUUCCAGAGCCUCGUGUAUAUUUCCAAUGAACUUUUUGCAAGCACACUUGUAACCAUAUGUGUAUAAUUAACAAACCUGUGUAUGCUUAUGCCUGGGCAACUAUUUUUUGUAACUCUUGUGUAGAUUGUCUCUAAACAAUGUGUGAUCUUUAUUUUGAAAAAAUACAGAACUUUGGAAUCUGAA